ACCUCGGUCCCUUAACAUUCAUUGUGAAAUACAAAUUCAAAAUUGAAGCACAUUCAGAUAAUAUCGCGCAGUGAUUUUUAUCUACAUUAUAGAAAACGCAAAUAAUUCAAUAAAAGAGAAUUUAAACAAUUUAUAAACCCACCAAAAACCGGAUUAUCAGUGAUUAUCAAAACAAACAAACCCUUAGUGAUAAACUAUAAACAUAAACAGUUCUUAAACAAAAGAAAAAACAAAAACAAACAGAACAAACAUUUUUAAAGACAUUAAGCCAAUUCCCUUGUGUAAACUGGCUACCAUUUGUGAAAAGUUUGAAUCAUUACAAAUCAAAAGAUCAAAAACGGCUAUCCCUGUGUCAAAAGAUUGCUCCAAGCAACAAUUACCCCAACUCCUAACUUUGAACACUCACAUUUCUGCAAAUAUGGUUUUGGAAGAAACAACAGUUCAGAACAUGGCUCCAGCUGUGGAUAACAACAUGAUCUACCCCAACAUUGGGCGAACAAUCAAGACCGCUCUGCUGAAAGCCGACAAUGAGUCGCGUGUCAUCGUGGGAUUAAGUGCUGCCACAAAAAUCCUUGCCAAGCUACCCGAAGGCUCCCUCUUCUGUCUGAUGGCACAACCCAAAGCCGGUGACAGUGCAACUCACAUGCAUGAAGUUCUCCUCGAAGCGUUCUGUUACGAGAAUGACAUUUAUGUCAUCAAAGUCGAUUGUGCUACAAAACUUAGCCGAAUCUUAGGCAAAACUGUCAUCGAAUCCUGCUGCCUGAUCCAGAAGCCCUGGGCCGAUAAGGAGAACGAGAAUCUCAACAAGUCCGAAAAUAUCCUGGUGGACUUUUGUGAAGCCUAUUGGGAUUCACCAUCUCAACCCGUUGUCAAGUUACCUGCUGUGUGAAUAUCUGGAGAUAGUUAUUGCAAUAAUUGUAAAAUAUUUUUUGAGCAAAACAAAAAUCAACAAAAACUUUUUUUAAAAAGUGUGAACGUGAAUUAUAAUAAUUUGGCACACGCAAAGACGUAAAAUUGUGACGUAAGGAAAAAGGUUCAAUCUAACGAACGGACAUCUACCGACGUUUUGAUGGAACUAAUUUAUCUACCUAACAAUAAAAAAAGAAGAGCAAACGAGAUGAGGAGGUGUGUUCGAGUCGCGCUGGAGGGGCGUUAAAAUUUACUAACAUGAAAAGAAUAUUCAAUAAGUGACAGCUAGCAGCUAUAUAAACCGUUAUCUACGAGUAUAUAAGAAGUACCUAUAAUGACUUUUAAAAGAUUAAGAUGGCGAUAUGGCGAUUGCGAUGGCGAUUUUGAUGGCGUUAGGCGCCUAAAUUAUUGUGAAAUUCGAUUCACUGUUAGUUAAACAAAGAAUUUACAUAUAAGAUACUAAAAAUUGCUUAUAAUUUAACUUUUUGGAUAGAAAAGUUUUGAAAUUUAAUAUGAAAUUGCAAUAAUUUAUCAUUUCAAGAUCAAUGUACUUAGAAAUAAUAUUUUUGAGUUUUGUAAAUAACAAAAAGUAAAUUGUUUAAUAAAAGAUGUAAAAAGUAUUUAAGAAAGAUUUCUUAAAACAUACAAAUGUAAACAUAGAGAUAAAACUAACUAGUGUGUUAGACCUUAAGAAAAUUUGAUGAUUGAAAAAACAAUAAAAACCAAACAAAAAAUA